AUGCAUUCUGCAUAUGGUAGCAUAGCGAGUGGAGCACAUGGACCACCUCGAACCAAUGAUAAGAACAUCCCGCUCUCGUUCAUACACUGCAUUCGUCUCGCCAUCUCCCGCUCUGUUGCCUGCAUGAUCAUCUCACGCCAGAAGGAUGUGCCCUCGACAAGUAUAACUGCUUCCGUUAUUCAUAACCAGCGCCAGACCGGGUGUACAUCACCCGGAAGCCAAGUCUUGGACCGUCAGAUUCUUCUCGUCUUGUACCACAUUUUGACCGGUGCUGGGAAUCCCGACAACUCAGCAUUUAGAAGUCCAUGGAGAUUGGAAGCACACGUUGCUUUUGCCGCGAUUCUGGGCGUCACGGUCCAUCAUGGCGACCGACAGAACAUGAACAUGAACAUGAACGCGGAAAGAGCGGCGACCUUCUCCGUACCCGAUUGGUACGAUCCUCCAGCUGAUACUCCAGAUCUCUGCCCCACUGAGUCCAUACCUCUGCUCGAUGCGACCGCGUGUGCUCAGGGCACAAAUAGCGGCUCAAACCAUACCCAGCCUGCUACGACCCUCAUUAUUUCUCAACGUCGUUAG